AUGAAACGUGGAUCUGUGAUCGGAAAUAUCGCUAAGGAUGUUGGACUUGAUUUGAGCAGAUUGUCCGCUCGCAGGGCGCGCGUGGACUCCGAGGACAACGGAGUCCAGUUCUGCAGUGUGAACCUCAACACGGGAGAGCUGCUUGUUCAGGAGAGGAUUGACAGAGAGGGCCUUUGUGCGAAGAAGACUUCAUGUAUUCUGAAACAGGAGCUUGUGCUGGAAAACCCUUUAGAGCUGCAUCGCUUUUACCAUCCGCGUGCAAGACAUCAACGACAACGCACCUCAAUUUAA